CUCUUAAGUUUGAACGUACUCAUAUUUUUGCUAUCCUUGACAGCCAUGAGUUUCCUCGAUCUAAACCUAUCCGAAAGUGAUUACACCCUAGACCUCUUGCAUGAUACUAACGCUUCUUCUCUUUCUUCGUCCUCCACCAACCCAGAAGAACGAGUUUUCCCAUGUAAUUACUGUAAGAGAAAAUUUUAUAGUUCGCAAGCACUUGGAGGCCAUCAGAAUGCUCACAAGCUCGAACGUACAUUGGCUAAGAAAAGCAGAUAUAUCAACGCAGGAGUUAGAGCUUGGAACCAGGCAUCAAGGUCUUAUUCCAAUGGUUCGAGCCAUGUUGAUUGGGUUCAACGACCCUUUGUAAUGGGGAUGGAACAUCAGGGACAUGUUGGGAGAACAGGGUUGGAUUAUUGUUAUAAGGGUGAGAGUGUUCAAGAUGAUUUUCAUCAGCUUGAUUUGUCUCUCAGGCUUUGAUUAUUUAAGUAGUGUGUAUUUUUAUGUUCGAUGAUCCGAUAUAAAAAAAACUGCUAAUUACUUAGAUUUUAA